AUGGCGCUACAUAGCAGAAGAGCCUCUGGCGGCCUCGUCUUCUUGCAAAGUACAGGUGAUGCAGGCGCUGCGAACGCUACCGAACACGCGCUUUACCUCACGUGUUCAGCGGGUUCUUGCACCUUGCGUGAGCUUCUCGGUUGGGGUUUGCAGCGACUCGCGCUUCUCCAAGAGCUGAGCGACUCGGAGUUGGAGCCGGCUGAGGCUGAGGCGCAAAUCGAGCGUAUGUUACGCUCGCCUGCCUACCGGUUUCUGCAGGAGUACCCUGGAAAGGCCGACGCUUGGUCGCACUUUAUUCUGCGACUGGCGCUCGGUUCAUUUGAGUUCGCGCGAGACUGGUGGAUCCAAGCGGAACGGCAACUUUUGCGCUUUCGACUGCGACGACGUGCCCUGAGUUUGCGCAGCAUCGACAGCCUCGUUGCGCUAGCCGAGCAGGUGGCACCACCCGAGCUGCGUGCUGCCCCGCGGCCGCUCUUGGAGGCGGUACCUGGCGAAAAGGCCCCGAAAGAAGUCUACGAUACGUUGCGAGGCGAUGGCUAUCCGUUGAUCCACGAACAGCUCAAAAACCUGGGACACACUGGGACUGGUAACCUGGAGAACAUGGGUCUGCCCAUGUUUCGCGUGCCGUUCGAGCUCGUCUUGCAAUGGGUACGUCACCGACAACUCUGGCUACAAGCCGGCUACGCCUGGGUACCGGCAUUAGCCGUAAAUGAACUCGUCCUCGGGUGGUAUGAAAUAUUCCUGCGCCGAGGUACCGCAACCGCGGAGCAGCACUUCGCGGUGGCGCCCAAAGCAACCCGUCUCCGUGAGCGCCUGACCCCGAUUCUGCUCUACCUGCGAGAACAACACAGUGCUUGGAAGCGAACCCGAAUACGCGGCACUGGACGCUUGCACGGCAUCGAUCGACCACUGGGUACCGAGUUGCAUUUGACGGAGCUCGAUACCGCCAUUCCGGAUAUGCCGCUGUGUAUGCGACUGCUGCUGGAGCGCUUACGACAAUGCGGACAUCUGCGGCACGGAGGGCGCCUCCAGCUCGGUCUCUUUCUCAAAGAGGCUGGAUUCACGCUAUCCGACUCGCUCCAGUUCUGGCGAGACGCUCUUCGCGUCAACAGUAAUGGACGACCUAUCGCGAAUCAUGAAUUUGAACGCGAGUACGCGUACGGCAUUCGCUAUAAUUACGGCCUCGAGGGCAAACGGAAAAAUUGUCCAGCCUUUAGUUGUGCGCGCAUACUAGACAUGCGCCCGGGGGCAGGUGAGCACCACGGAUGUCCUUUUCAAGAGCUCGCCCAGCCAGCGCUUGAACAAGCCGUGCGAACGCACUUACGGAUCACAGAUCCCAUGGACAUUGAGGAAAUAACUCGGUAUGCUGCAGCUGGACAGCCACAGCGUGCGUGCGCGGGCUGCUUACGAUCCGGGCUGCAGCAUCGCGGUAACCGGUUUGAGGAGGAGGAGGAGCAGCAGCAGCAGCAGCAGCAUGAGGCCGGCACUGCUGCUCCAUCGGAGACACUGACACGGGUUUACGGCGAUUCGCAGCGACUAUCGAUAGCCUCUCUGCGACUUGUCGAGCAUCCGAAUGAAUACUUUGCGCAAAUGCGUCUGGCUAGACACAUGGAGCCGGGGACACCACAGAGCACUGCUCUCGACGGCGUUGCUCAUUAG